AUGACAGUGGCAUUCAUCCACGUCGCCCCGUUGAUUACUUCUUCGGCGUUUUUAAUGGGGUCAUUCGCCCAAGGAAUUGCUUUCAGGAGCUUCCAGAAUCCAAAGUUAGGGUCAAAAGCGCGUCGCGAGGUUUUCCUGCAUUGGGUUGAAAUCUUCGCUAGUUUUGCUUGGUCCAUGGCUUUGGUGUUCAUGUUCAACAUUACCUUUAUUGGUCUCAACCUCUAUCUGGAACCUCCGUCUGGCUUGCAAAACGGAGGUGCCCCCCGUUGGCUGUGGGCUGCCGCACUUCUAUGCAGCAUGGGACAUCCCAGACCUCGCGAAGUUACGGCAGCUUUGAUGCGCAUCAGCAGAGGUGGUGAUCAAUCAUACAGUGCAGAGAAGGUGGAAUACUUCUUGCGAGGAUAUCGUCGAGUCAACCUCGAGCAUCUUUUCCUCACAGAUGGUCCCAGCUGGAUUUUCACUGUUGCAGCUGUUACCAAGAAUCUGGGUGUUUGUUGGGGAUGUCAUUCUCAGAAGGCUUCUUUGGCGCUUGGAAUGGUUGCCUUGAUCAUAAGCUGCUAUGUUAGCGUCAGGGGGAUCUUGCGGUCAAAAUCAUAG